CAAACGUUUGCCUCUCAGACAGACUCACAGACAGUGAGACUCAGAUACCACUGAAGGCUCGCAAUACGUAUCACUGAAAUCCGGAUCAAAUGUCUUCAUCGGCCACUCAGGAGUUUAUUGUCAGAGUUCCCCGGGAAAUGGGAAACAAGAAGUUUAAUGUAAUGCGCUUUGGAUCAGCUCUUAAUGUGGAGCCAAACAAAUGGAAAUCGUGUCAAAUGUCUCGCGAGAAUGAUGUCAAAGACGUGAAGACAGACAAUGAGCCGGAAGUGAGUGAAUUUGGCGCCGGAUCUGAAUUCGGACGAAAACAGAGGGAAGAAAUGAAACGAAAGAAAUAUAUGAAGAGAGGCUCCGGAGUACAACAGCCAUGGAUUCUGAAGACUGGAGGCAAACUGGGCAAGAAAUACAAAGGUCUUCGAGAGGGCGGUGUCUCUGAGAACGCCUCGUAUUAUGUCUUCUUUCAGGCGCCGGACGGAGCCUUUGAAGCGUUUCCCGUCAAAGAGUGGUAUAAUUUUACUCCUAUUCAGAGAUACAAAGCGUUGACCGCAGAGGAAGCCGAAGAGAAGUUCGAAAAGAGGGACAAAAUAUUGAAUUACUUUUCGGUUAUGAUUAACAAAAAGAGAAAAGACGACGAAAUGGCAGACAAUAGCAGCGAAUCCAAGGCUAAGAUGAAGAAAGAGUUGAAAGUGUCGGAUAUGGAUGACUGGCAUGACUUGGACUCUGACAAUGAGAGAAGCGAUUUGAAUAACAGCGAUGAAGACGUCAAACCAAAGUCAAAGAAAGACAAGAAGGGAUCGAAAGCCAAAAAACCCAUGAAAAAGAAGAAGAAGAAGGGAUCGGAUGACUCGGACGACAGCGAACCACUGGAGGAGAGCGAUGAGGGAGACUUCGACGACAAAGAAGUGGAUUAUAUGUCAGACUCUUCUGACAGCUCUGAAGAGUCGGAAACUGAGAAAAACGACAAACAAUUGAAAGGAGUUGAAGACGAGGACGCCUUAAGACAACUGGUCUUAUCUGAGGACGAGGACGAAGAAGAGGAGGACAAAGACGAGCAGAAAGACAAAGACAAUGAAAAGACACAAAAUGGAGACAAAAGUAAUGCAGAAGCGGACAAGAAAUCUAAAUUCAAAGAUAGACUGACAGUAUCGUUUCGAUCGAUAGCUAACUUCGAUUCUCCGCCGCCUUCGUCGUCGGACUCUGACUCAGAAGACCCGGAUUCAGUGGACGACAAGAGGUCAGCCCUAUUAGCGCCCGUCAAACUAGAGUCCGACAAAAGUAGUCGCGGCAGCAGUCGAUCGGCCACUCCUACCGCUAACUUGGAGUUGGGUUCUUCAUCCAAUGGAGUGACGAGUGAUUCAAAUAAAUUGAAGAGAAAGAUAUCAUCAAACGAUUUGUCAUCAAAUCUAAAGAAACCAAAGCUUACGAGCGAUAACUCCGAAGGCAUUACUGAAGAAGCAGUUCGUCGAUACUUAAUGCGAAAACCGAUGACUUGUACUGAUUUGCUUCAGAAGUUCAAGAAUAAGGUCUCACAAAAAGGCAAUUUGGGCCAGUUGUGUCCUCUUAUCACUUAUAAGAAGUGCAAUUGUAAUCCCUGUCAUCACUGA